CAUUCACCACCAGCCAUGAGGGUGCUUGUGCUAGCUCUUGCUGUGGCCCUCGUAGUGGGGGACCAGUACAACUUAGCCCCAGGAUUUGCCUCUGACAAGACCUACGUGUACAACUAUGAAGCAGUUCUUAUGGGCGGCCUGCCUGAAGAGGGCCUGGCUCGAGCUGGGGUUAAAAUCCGGAGCAAAGUUUUGAUCAGUGCAACAAGUGCCAGCAACUACAUUGUGAAGCUUGCAGACCCUGAAAUAUUGGAGUACAGUGGCAUCUGGCCCAAAGAUCCUUUCAAUCCAGCCUCCGAGCUCACCAGAGCCCUGGCUGCUCAGCUCUCAACACCCAUCAAGUUUGAGUAUGCAAAUGGCGUCGUCAGUAGAGUGUCUGCACCGGCUGGGGUCUCUACACCUGUGCUGAAUAUCUACAGGGGAAUCCUCAACAUCCUGCAGUUGAAUGUAAAGAAAACGCAGAAUGUGUAUGAGCUGCAAGAGUCUGGAGUUCAUGGUGUGUGCAAGACCCAGUAUGUCAUCAGGGAGGAUGCAAAGGCUGAACGCAUUCAUUUGACCAAAUCCAAGGAGCUGAACCACUGCCAGGAGAGAAUCGUGAAGGACAUAGGCUUGGAAUUCCUGGAAAAAUGCCACGAUUGUAAAGCUAGAGGAAAGACCCUGGAGGGAACAGCUUCCUAUAACUACAUCAUGAAGCCAACACCCAGUGGUUCUCUGAUCAUGGAGGCAGCUGCUACAGAGGUCAUCCAGUUCUCACCUUUCAACAUCUUAAAUGGCGCUGCUCAGAUGCAGUCUAGACAAAACCUGACCUUCUUGAACAUGGAGAAUAGCCCUGUUGCUCAUGCCAGAAAUGAUUAUGUUCAACGCGGAUCCUUGCAGUACGAGUAUGGCAGAGAGGUUCUCCAGACACCCAUUCAUCUUCUGAGGGUCACCAAUGCUGAGGAGCAGAUUGUUAGCACUGUGAAUCACCUGGUAGCCUCUAACAUGGACAAGGUUCACGAAGAUGCCCCUCUGAAGUUUGUUGAGCUUAUCCAGCUGCUGCGUGUGGCCAGAUCUGAGACUAUUGAGUCUCUCUGGAGUCAGUUCAAAUCUAGACCUGAUCACAGGCGCCGGUUACUGGAUGCUAUCCCCCAUAUUCACUCUCAAACUGCUCUUAAGUUUGUCAUUGAGAGGGUCCUUGCUGGUGAGCUGACUGAUGUUGAAACUAGUGUGUCUCUUGUGAAAUGUAUAUACAGUGUGACACCUGACCAGAAAGCCAUCGAACUUGUUACGACCCUGGCUGGGAACCAGAAAGUCAAACGUUCUCCCAUUCUGCGGAAUGCUGUCAUGCUUGGCUGGGGCACUCUAAUUUCCAGACACUGUGAAGUACAGCCAUCUUGCUCACCUGAUCUUGUGACACCUAUUCAUAGACAACUUGCUGAGGCUGUUGAAGCUGGUGAUGUUAAUCAGCUCGCUAUGGCUCUCAGAUGCCUGGGUAACGCCGGACAUCCUGCUAGCCUCAAGACAAUCAUGAAGCUCCUGCCUGGCUUUGGCAGUGCUGCUGCCAGAGUGCCGCUCAGAAUUCAAGUUGAUGCUGUUCUAGCCCUGAGGAGAAUUGCAAAGAGGGAACCCAAGAUGAUCCAGGAAAUAGCUGCUCAGCUGUUCAUGGACAAGCAUCUCCACGCGGAGCUCCGUAUGGUUGCUGCCAUGGUGCUCUUUGAGACUAAGCUGCCCAUGGGUCUGGCAGCCAAUAUCGCCACUGCCUUGAUCAAAGAAAACAACCUGCAGGUUGUUAGCUUUGUUUACUCUUACAUGAAGGCUAUGACCAAGACCACCUCUCCUGACCAAGCUUCUGUUGCUGCAGCAUGUAACGUUGCCAUGAGGUUCCUCAACCCCAAAAUAGGCAGACUGGGCUUCCGCUACAGCCGAGUCCACCGUGUUGAUGCCUAUAACAAUCCCUGGAUGCUGGGUGCUGCCGCCAGUGCCAUCUACAUUAACGAUGCUGCAACUGUAUUACCAAGAAUGAUUAUGGCCAAAGCCCGUACUUACAUGGCCGGAGUUUAUGUUGAUGUGCUUGAGGUUGGAGUGAGAACUGAGGGACUCCAGGAGGCUCUUUUGAAAAGACAACAUGAAAGUUCUGAGAAUGCAGAUAGGAUCACCAGGAUUAAACAGGCCAUGAGGGCUCUUUCUCAGUGGAGGGCAAAUCCUUCAAGCGAGCCCCUGGCCUCUAUGCAUGUGAAACUGUUUGGACAAGACGUUGUAUUUGCCAGCUUCGACAAAUCCAUGGUUGAGCAGCUUAUUCAGUUUGCAAGCGGACCUUUAAGAAAUAGACUCAGAGAUAUUUUGAAUUCUGAGCAGUCUGGUUUUAAAGCGCAUUUUGUUAACUCAAUGCUGCUCGGUGAGUUCCGUCGCAUCCUUCCCACCAGUGUUGGUUUGCCUAUGGAGAUCAGCCACAUUGCUUCUGCUGUGACUGCCGCAUCUGUUGAAAUCCAAGCCACUGUGUCACCACCUCUGCCCGUCAACUACCGUGUUUCCCAACUUCUGGAGUCCGACAUCCAACUGAGGGCUACAGUUGCUCCAAGUGCUGCCGCUCAAUCCUAUGCAGUUAUGGGCGUGAAUUCUCCUUUAAUCCAGGCUGCAGUGAUGACAAAAGCCAAAGCUUACACAGCCAUUCCUGCACAAAUGAAAGCAAGAAUUGACAUCGUUAAGGGCAGCUUCAAGCUUGAGCUCCACUCUCUCCAGAGCAUUAAUACAAUUGCAUCUGCAAACGCUGAGACGGUUGCUAUUGCAAGAAAUGUAGAAAACCUCCCAGGUGAAAGAAGCACACCAUUGAUCCCAUCUAAGGCUGCAUCACAACUGUCAGGGGCCUCUCUUAACUCAAAGAUCUCCAGGAUGGCAUCCUCUAUGACUGGUGGCGUGUCUGCGUCAUCUGAAAUCCUUCCUGCUGACCUGCCAAGGAAAAUUGGGAGGAAAAUGAAACUCCCUAAAACAAACAGGAGGAAAAUCUGUGCUUCAAGUAGAACCUUUGGAUUCAAGGCCUACAUUGAGACCAAAUCUCAGAGCGCCGCCUUCAUCAGAGACUGCCCUCUCUACUCCAUCAUUGGAAAGCAUGCUGCUUCUGUUAGGAUUGCUCCAGUUUCUGGACCAGGCGUUGAGAAGAUUGAAGUUGAGAUUAAAAUUGGAGAGAAAGCAGCAGAAAAUAUGAUUGAAGCAAUUGAUAUGAGUAAAGAGGUGGAAGCUCUUCAGGAUAAGAAUGUCCUCUUGAAAAUCAAGAAAAUACUGGAGCCUGGUCUCAAGAACACCACAUCAUCUUCCUCCAGUUCCAGCAGAUCUUCUUCAUCUAAGUCUAGCUCCAGCAGCUCUUCUUCAUCCAGCUCUAGCUCCAGAAAAUCUUCUUCAUCCAGGUCCCGCUCCAGCAAAUCUUCUUCAUCUAGCUCCCCCUCCAGCAGCUCUCAGUCAUCCAGCUCUCAUUCCCACAAAUCUCGCACCAGAAAGUCCCGCUCUAGCAGCUCUCACUCAAGCCAUUCUCACUCAAGCCGCUCUCCUUCAAGCUCCUCCUCAUCUUCAUCAUCUAGUUCUUCAUCCAGGUCUUCAUCCAGGUCUUCUUCCAGGUCUUCUUCCAGGUCCCCGUCUGGCUCCAGACAUAAGACAGCUGAUAUUGUUACCCCUGCUGUCAAGAUAUCAAGGAGAGUGAGCAGUUCCUCCAGCUCACGUUCUAACAGCUCCUCCAGCAAUGAGUCAUACUUGCUCAGUUCAUCUAGAAGAAGCAGCAGCAGCAGUAGUAGCAGCAGUAGUAGCAGCAGCAGCAGCAGCAGCAGCAGCAGCAGGAGCAGCAGCAGCAGCAGGAGCAGCAGCAGCAGCAGCAGAAGAAGAAGUAGAAAAAGCAGCAGCAGCAGUGGCAGCAGCAGCAGCAGGAGCAGCAGGAGGUCAUCAAGUGCAAGGUCCUCUAGGAACAAUGCUCAGUCUAAGCAACUGCUUGCUGUGAGAUUUAAAAAGAGCCACAUCCACAAGCAUGCUAUCUCCACACAGCGUGGUAGCAGUCACAGCAGUGCCCGCAGCUUUGAAUUUAUUUACAAUAAGGCCGAGAACCUUGCUAAGACACUCACGCCUGCCAUGUCCAUUGCUAUCCGUGCUGUGAGAGCUGACCAAAAAGUCCAGGGAUACCAGUUAGCAGCUUACUUUGACCAAGAGACUAGUAGAGUACAGCUGAUUUUGGCCAGAGUGGCUGAGAACAACAAUUGGAGAAUCUGUGUUGAUGCUGUGAAGCUGAGCCCCCACAAAGUGAUGGUCAAGAUUGCCUGGGGUAUUGGCUGCAAGCAAUACUCCACCACGAUCGCAGCUGAAACUGGUCUUUUGGGUCAUGAGCCUGCAGCUCGUCUGAAGAUGACUUGGGACAAACUGCCAGGGAGCAUGAAGCGCUACACAAAGAAGGCCUUGAAAUACCUUGCCCCUCUCAGUCAGGAAUAUGGAGUGAGCCACAUAAAAGUCAAGAAUCCUAAAAAUCAGAUAACACUGACUGUAGCUGCUGCUUCUGAGACAAGCCUGAAUGUUGUGCUAAACACACCAAAGAUGACCAUUUACAAGCGUGGGGUGAGUCUCCCUGUUGCGCUGCCUAUUGGAAACACUGCUGCCGAGGUGGCAGUGAUCCGGGACAACUGGGCUGGCAGGCUCUCCUACUUGGUUACCAAAGCUAACGCAGUUGAAUGCUCCAUAAUCAAUGACACACUGAUCACAUUCAACAACAAGAAAGCUACAAAUGAGAUACCACACUCUUGCUACCAGGUCGUGACUCAGGAUUGCACACCAGAACUCAAAUUCCUAGUUCUGCUGAAGAGGGACCAAAUACAGAACCAGAACCAGAUUAUUAUAAAAAUUUCAGACAUUGAUGUGGAUAUGCAUUGGAAGAACAGGGAAAUCACGGUGACCGUUAAUAGAGCUCAAGUCAACCUGCCAUACGUGCACCCAUCAGGUUCAAUACAGGUGAGGCAGUCAGGUCAAGGCAUCGCCCUCUAUGCACCCAGCCAUGGUCUUCAGGAGGUCUUCUUUGGUCAUAAUGAAUUGAGGAUUAAAGUUGCAGACUGGAUGAAAGGAAAGACUUGUGGAGUCUGUGGAAAGGGUGACGGAGAAACCAGACAGGAGUACCGCACACCCAGUGAACAGCUGACUAAGGAUGCAAUCAGCUUUGCUCACUCCUGGGUUCUGUCUUCAGAUACCUGCCGUGAUCCCUCUGAAUGUUCCGUAAGACACGAAUCUGUGAAGCUGGAGAAGCAGAUCAUUUUCCAGGGUGUGGAGUCCAAAUGCUUCUCUGUUGAACCCGUGCUGCAGUGCCUGCCCGGCUGCAUCCCAGUGAGAACCACCACUGUCAACAUUGGUUAUCACUGCCUGCCAAGUGGCACAAGCGUGAAUCGCUCUGCUAUGAGCAGCUUCUACGAGAAGAGCAUCGACCUGAGGGAUACCGCAGAAGCCCACCUGGCCUGUCGCUGCACUCCUCAGUGUUCUUAAUCUCAUUGCCUUCAGUCAUAUGACAUUUUGUUUUCUGUUUUAGGCAGGUGUUGUUAAUUACUGUGGCAUAACUUGUAAACUUAAAUAAAUCCAAGAAGCAUGUGAA